AUGGCCCGUUUGCAAGAGAAUGAGUGUGAGCCCUUGAUUCCCUGUAGUACUUGUACUCGCAGCUUGAAGUCUGCUGCUGUAACAGCCACCAACCUGGUCGAGUCGUCGACAAUGUCAACCGGCGAUCAGCCCACUUGCCUUUCUGGCGAGCCUACAUCUAAGCAUGUCAAUAGAAAAAUCGAUAUCGCUCUCCUACCCUUUCUGUCACUACUUUAUCUCCUGAACGGCCUCGAUCGAUCUAACGUGGGGAAUGCGGAGACUCAGGGCUUUACGACAGACAUCGGUGCUACCCCGGAUGAUCUCAAUCUUGCAGUCUCGCUUUUCUUCAUCACCUUUGUCCUGCUACAGCCUCCCUCAGCUGCGAUGGGGAGAUGGCUUGGCGCAAAGCAUUGGAUCACCAUCAUCAUGAUUGGGUGGGGAGUCUUCACAGUAGCACAUGCCUUCAUUCGUGGCCGGAGAGCGCUUAUUGCUGUUCGGCUCAUGAUUGGAGCAUGUGAAGCCGGCUUCUAUCCUACUGCUAUCGCAUACCUCUCAGCCUUCUACUGCCGGUACGACCUCGCAGUCCGUAUAGGUCUGUUCUAUGGCCAGUAUGCAAUAGCUGGCGCUUUCUCGGGAUCAAUUGCAUUCGGCAUUUUCCACCUCAAUGGCACUAUACUGAAAAACUGGCAAUACCUAUUCAUUAUUGAGGGGGGUAUCACCAUAGUCGUUGCAUUCGUUGCUUGGUUUUGGUUGCCCCAAGGGCCGGGAUCAGCCUGGUUCCUUACAGAUGAAGAGCAAAUAUUCGUCACACAACGCAUCAUCAAGGACAAUGCCCCCUUCAUCGAUCAUGAAUACAGCAACGAUGGUAUACAUAAAAAACGCCUUACAAGACGGGACAUUAUGGAAACAGCCAAGGACUGGAAGCUUUGGUUUAUCCUGGUGUUCAAUAUCUGUGCAAGUGUACCAAGCCAAGCAUUCUCCGUCUUCAUGCCUAUGGUUGUUCAAGGCUUAGGAUACUCAUCCAUCGAGGCAAACCUGAUGUCUGUACCCCCUUUCGUUUGCGGUGCUGUAGGCCUCUAUCUGUUUGCCCUCAGCUCAGAUCAUCAGAAAGAGCGAGGCUAUCAUAUCAUCAUGGGAACAUGCAUCGCGCUAGUGGGUCUUGUCGUAACUGUGACUACGCAGUGCCACAGCAUUCAGUACAUAGGUCUAUGCAUCCUGCUGUUUGGCAGCUACGUCUCAGCCCCUCUUACGGCAGCCUGGCUGAGUGGGAAUAAUCCUGAGCCAGGUAAGCGCUCCCUUGUCUUAGGGGUAAAUGGGUUCGGCAAUCUUGCAGGUGUAAUUGGCAGUCAGCUGUACAAGAAGAAACAUGCACCAAGAUACCUCACGCCUUUUUACGCUACAUUGGGAUUUGUUGCAGCUGCGCUUGCAGGCUACAUAGCUUACAGGUAUAUUCUCAAGGCCACCAAUGCGAAAAGGCUGGCGAUGGCGAAUUCGAUGAGCGCAGAAGAUGUAGAAGCAGAGCGUCUAGAUCGGACUAGAUAUGCGGACGCAAAGUGGACAUUCUUGUAUGGGCUGUGA